AUGAGCGAAGACUUUAUUUAAGGGAUAGCAAUCAUUGAUGGCACGCACUUAAAAAUAAAAUAAGAUAAAAUGAGUUUUUUAUUGUUGGUAAAAGCGAUUUAGAUUCCUAAUUCUAAAUCUCUUAACAUCAUGUUGGCAGAUAGCUCAGAUAAAUUUUGGCUCGGAGAUUUUAAUGAGCGAAAAAUUAAAGAAAUCAAGGAAUAAAUGAAGCUCACAGGAACUUAUUAAGAAUUUUUCAAAGCUAUGAAAGAAAUGCUCCAAAAAAAGAGCUUUGAGAUAGAGCUAAAAGCUGAUUAUAAUAUGGAUAUUAUUAUCGAAUUCUAGUUUUCUGGUAUAAUCAUUAAUGCUCGCUUUCAAAUAGGAAAACCUUUUAAAAGGGAUGAUAACCCAACUAUUUCUUACAAUCUUUUAAAGGUAUUCACAUUAGAUUUAUACAAUGCAUAUCAAAAAGAGAGAGAAGAAACACUUAAAGAAAAUUAAGAUUUAAAAGCUCAAUUAGAAAACAUAAACAAUUAAAUUAAGGAGGGUUUUCUAAUUAAAUGUAAUAAUAACUUAAUUAACUAAGAAGGAGCUAGUAAUAUUGAUGCAAUAAAUAGUAUAAAAAAAGUUAAACCUAAUACAUGUAUAAUUAAUCCUUAAAGACGUAAAAGGAAGGUUUUAGGUGCUAAAAUUGGCUCGAUUGAAGAUGAUUGA